CCUCACCUGUUGGACUGGCCUUCACACAUGACUCAGGAGCAGAAUGAAUCACAGCUGGUAGCAUACCCAGAGUAGGAGGAGAGGCAACCUUGCCACUGUAGUAAGGCGUGCACGGGUGCUCAGAGGAGACGUCUCCAGAUGGCAGGGCUUGAAGAAGAAAUGUAGCUUCUUCUCUGCUGGGAAUCGCGUGUUUCUGGCAUCUGCGUGCUGAAGAAACACCAGUGAAGGCGUGAUCCAUCGCAGCUGCACAUACAAAUAUGAAGUUCUUCUGGAUAAUCCCAUUUUUCCUGCUGCAAGACACUGAAGCUUUUCUGAUGAAAAAUGCUAAAGUCAAGUUGUGUUUACAAGCCAGCCCAAUGAAUGGGAAUUUAUUGCUGGAGGACUGUAAUCCAGAGUCAGAUUUCCAGGACUGGUCUUGGCAAGGUGAUUCUUUGAUGAAUCACGGCACACAGAGCUGCCUCUCUGUGGUGGGGGCCAACAGAGUGCAGACAAGUCUCUGUGGCAGCUUGGGCUACACAAGCUGGGACUGCUUGAAUUUGCUGCUCUCUCCAGUGGGCAGUAGCCAGGGCUACCUGGUGGCAAACAGGAAAGGAGUCGCUCUCGAUAAAGUGAGAGGCCUCAAGGCCCAAUGGCAAGAUGUUGCAGACAGGAGCGUGUGCAAGGAGAAAGCAGCUGAGGCAGAGCAAGACAGGUACUUCCCUGCAGCCCUUGCCAGCACACACGUGUAUGACCACACAGCAGGCAAUGCGACCCUUACGCUGGGUAUAGAUCCAGAAGAGCUGGAGGAGCUGCUCUGGUUCUUCCGUAGAGAAGACCCGUCAACGUGGAAUUACUCCGUUCUUGCGCUUUCCUUCAUGGCCAUGAUUUUGGGUCUUCUUCUUCUGGCCAUUAACAUUGUGCGAAACAGGAAAAGGAAGAUCCACAUGUAUAGAGAAGUAGAAACCAAGCAGCAGGCUGAGCUGGAAGCCAAGCAAGCCCUGAUGCCUGUGCAGGAAUACAGCCCGGCCGAACCAGGAGAGCAGGAGCUGGUGCCCCAGGAUCAGAGACCAGGAGAAGUGGUGGUCCAGUGGAAGGACGGAACCGUCACGUCUCUGUACACAGAGAGGUCUGAGGAUGCCAUGUAACAGCAGCUGAAGUCAAAACAUUUAGGCCCUAAGGAAUAUAUCAGAAUGUCUUGAUUCAUAGUGAUGGACAUUUAAAAUUGCAGUUUAGCCUGGGGAAACGGAAGAGAGAAGGGAGAGAAAGCAGCAGAACUGCACCAGCAGAAGUGGCUCUGGACUAGAGGAAAGCCUGUACCUCCUCUGUUUCAGCUCCCGGCUGGCUGGUCUUUACCCGCUGCGCUUGGCUGCCUCCAGCCUUCUCUCCCGCACCAGCUUUGCCUCCUCCCUCAGAUGCUGCCUGCCCCCCCUGCCGCAAACGGGUGGGAGCCAAGCCGGGGUGGGAGGUGGGAGGCUUCUCCUGCGGUCAGCCAGGGAACGCGCUGUCAUGUCCCGUCAGGAAAACAGCUGCACUGAAGCGGAGGCACAUUUGUUCUUGUCAGAAAUCAUCUUUAUUAAAAUAUUUUCCAAAGUGGUUGAUCAAAAUCCCA